AUGUCAUCAGGGCCACGCUCGGGGCUCGUCUUCUGGCUUCUGGCCAUCGGCCUGGCCCAGGUUGAAGCCGUUUUUGAAUGCGGAGCGGCCGAAACCGCGGCCUUUAUUCGAAUCAGCCGCGCACGUCUUGAUGGAACCCCGGUUGUCGUAUCUACUGCCGGUCAUGACUUGACUUGUGCUCAAUAUUGUCGCAAUAACAUUGAGCCGACUACUGGAGCCCAAAGAGUAUGCGCCUCUUUUAAUUUCGAUGGCCGAGAGACCUGUUACUUCUUCGAUGAUGCGGCACAUCCAACUGGAACUGCCGAAUUGAACCCCAAUCCAUCAGCCAACAACUUCUACUACGAAAAGACUUGUCUGCCUGGAGUCUCGGCCCAUGAAGCGUGUACUUAUAGGUCCUUUUCUUUCGAGAGAAUGAGGAAAACUGCCCUCGAGGGAUUCGUCAAGAAGAGUGUGCAGGUGAGUGAUCGGAAACCUCUUUGUAUCCCACAGUUGCCCUCGAUUUCCCGAUCCCCUCAGCGGUCUGACUUCAAAUAAGUAUAGUAAUCUUUUAGGUUGCUAAUCGAGAACAAUGCCUGUCAGCUUGUCUCAGAGAGAAGGAAUUUAUCUGUCGCUCUGUCAAUUACAAUUACGAAGAUUACCUUUGCGAAUUGUCCACUGAAGACCGUCGAUCCAAGCCAAAUCACUUGAAGAUGAGCGACAAACCAGUCGAUUAUUAUGACAACAAUUGUUUGUCCAGACAAAACAGAUGUGGCCAAUCCGGAGGCAAUCUUGUGUUCGUGAAGACCACUCAUUUCCAAAUCCAAUAUUACGACCACACCCAGUCUGUAGAGGCCCAAGAGUCUUACUGUCUUCAGAAAUGUCUCGAUUCUCUGAAUACUUUCUGCAGAUCCGUUGAAUACUCUCCUCAAGAAAAGACAUGUAUUGUCUCUGAUGAGGAUACCUUCUCCAGAGCUGAUCAGCAAGGCGCAGUGCAGAACAAGGAUUAUUACGAGCCGAUCUGCGUUUCGGGUAAGGAAUCUUUUAGUACAAAUUUUAAUUAUGAGUUACAUUGUUCUUAUUUUGAUCCCGUUUCAGCCGAUCUCAGCUCAUCCACUUGCCGUCAACAAGCCGCUUUUGAGAGAUUUAUCGGCGUUUCUAUCGAGGGCACUCCCGUCGCCUCAGCUGCCGGUGUUACAGUAUCCGACUGUAUCUCUCUCUGCUUCCAGAAUCUGAAUUGUAAAUCCAUCAACUAUGACCGUACUCAGAUGAACUGCCAUAUUUAUGCGACAGGAAGAACUGAGGCCAAUACCAAGGCCAACCCAAGCUUUGAUUAUUAUGAAUUCAACUGUGGUAAGUAAUGACAAUUAUUGUUAUUUUACAAUAUAAAAAAUUAUUCUUUGUCUUUUAGAAGCCGCUUUUGGUGGAAUGGCACUCUGUACCAACGAAGGAAUCAGAUUCAUCGUCAACACCAAGGAGCCUUAUACUGGAGCCAUUUACGCCGCGGAGAAGUUCAGCACCUGUUCUCAAGUGGUUGAAAAUGCCAAACAGAUUGCCAUUACUUUCCCUCCCCCAACUGUCUCCACCAAUUGUGGAACCAAGAUUGUCGAUGGAAAGUUGGAGGCGUUGGUCGUUGUUUCCAUUGAUGGAGUCAUUCCUCAUCAAGUAACCACUGAGUGGGAUCGCUUCUACAAGAUCUCUUGCGAUGUUUCCAUGGAUAAGAUGCAGCAGGAAGGCAGUGUUGUGGUCACCACUCUUUUUGAAACCGGGUAUGUCGUCUUAUGAUAAAAUUGAGCAAUAAUAUAAUCAUCAAUUUGUAAUGUUGCGAAAUAUCUUUGCGUUUUAGAGAGGCCAAUACCCAAGUACUGGAUGUCGGAACUCCUCCUCCAAUCACCGCUCAACUUAGCUUCCUGGAUUCCACUGACCAGCCUCUGGGCAAGACUUCUAUCGGAGAUCAGAUCCAGAUGAUCAUCAGCUCGGACCAGGCUGGUCCCCACAACAUGAUGGUCACUGAAUGUGUGGCCACUCGGGUUGGUGGAGAUGGAGAUGCCGUUCCCUUCACGAUUAUUGACAAUGGCUGUCCCAGAUAUCCAGCUCUGGUUGGUCCAGUCGAGCAAGACUUUGAGAAGAAUCGUCUGAAAGCCGACAUGAAGGCCUUCAGAUUAGAUGGCUCUUAUGAUGUCCAGAUCCAAUGCACUGUGAUGUUCUGCGCUGGGCCAAAUGGAUGCCCCCCGUCCAAUUGCUUGGACUCUGGAACCAAUGAAUUGUUCAUUUCUCAUGGCCGAAAGAAGAGAUCUAUUUUGGCCAUGGAUGAAACCGAGGGUUCCAAGGAAACUUUGUCAGCCAUCAUCCGAGUUCUAGCUGAGGGAGAGGAAGAGAUCGACGGAGAUAAAUUCUACAAAAACGGCACUGUCUUCGCUCAGAGGUAAUCACCCUUGAACAAAUGAAGCUUGAAAUUAUAUAUUUAUAUUCAACUUGUAAUCCUAACGUCAUCCGUUUCAGGAGCCCUGUUCCCAGUGUAUACGAGGCCAAUGAGAUGGUUUGCAUGAACAACACUUGGUUGGUAUCUCUCAUUGCCACGAUGUCUCUGGUUUGUGUCAUGCUGAGUGGUCUGAUUGUGACCUGGUCUUGUGAAGCGAUGAAGAUCAAGAGUAAGGAUUUGCCCAUGUAAUUCCAGCGUCCAGUCCCACCUCACCGAAUCGCGUCUAUCUUUUUCUGUAAAGGAUCGUAA